AUGUCGAGCCUGUUGGAGAACCCUCUUCAGGCGGUGCUCUAUCUCAAGGAGCUGACAACCAUCGUGCAGAACCAGCAGGGCCUCAUUCAGACCCAGCGGCGCCGCAUCGACACGCUAGAGCGCAAAUUAAAGGAGCUGGCUGGAGAAAACCUGCGGCUCCACGACGCUACACACCGGCAUCCCUCGCGGCCUCAUCCGCCCCCUCGCACCUCCUCUGCUUUGGCCACAAGGGACGGGACGCCCCCUCCUCUGCGGACACCGACUAUUCAAACCGAGCCCCACUCACCACAAGACAUGCAGCUGGUACCUGCCGUGCCCAGCGGUGCAAGCAUAGACGCGUCAACGGAGGACACGGACGCAGACACGCGCUGCCGUUCCCUGGUGCCCCAGAUGUCCACCGCUCUCUGUCGGACCGGCCCAAGGAAUUCAGAAAGCCAGACUGUCCUGCACCAGUUCUGCUGCCCCGCCCCUGAAGCUCCUGAAGGCGAUCCCAUUGGCUGUUCAAGCCGUUCAGUCCAUCCAGUCAAAGGAAAGGAGGAAAAAGACCAGAAGGAAGCUCCUCGUUUAAGCCCUACAUCCUGUUCCCAUACUCCAGACUAUGAGCUGUCUCCUGAUCUCAAACAAAAACAGAUUGAGGAUUUGGAGCAGAAGUACGGUGGUGCAUUAAUCUCCCGUCGUGCUGCCUGUAAGAUCCAGACCGCGUUCCGUCAGUACCAGCUCAGCAAGAACUUCCAGAAGAUCCGCAACUCAGUUUUGGAGAGCGGUAUUCCUCGGCGCAUGUCCAUGCGCAGGGUGCGUGUGCAAAGAGACGGCUUUUCUGCCGAGCGUGCUCUGAUGGAGGGAUGUUCUCUUAUGGGUAUCCCACUCGCACACUCCAGCUCGAUGCCCACAGGUGCCGCAAACACGCUCACAAACCUGGAGGACACCUUCAGCGAACAGGUGCAGUCUUUGGCCCGCUCUAUAGAUGAGGCCUUGAGCAGCUGGACAUCAGUACGUGAUGGGGAUGGGGAUGGGGCAGGGUCUUCAGUGCCCAAGUCCCCUGGACCGGUCACAGAGGACCUGCUCAUGGACCAGACCACCUUUCAGGAGGCCACGCAGAACACCUGUGCAGAAAACAUUCCUCGUAGCGCCAGCAAGCUCAUGAUGGCCUUCAGAGACGUGACAGUACAAAUCGACAACCACAACUUUCGCCUGUCCUCCUCUGUUCUCGAGUCUGUUUCCCUAGGCAACGGCAUCUCCAAGGAAACUGCCACGGCACCGCAAGCAAGGGUGCAGAGUGGGGGUCAACAUGAAUCGUCCACCACAACUGAGGCUGAGUUCCCAGCCCCGCCCCCUAGUGAGGAGAUAGCGUCGGAUCAGCGGCCUGCUAGUGAUGAAGCAGAAUCUGGCCGGUCGGGUUGGGAGAAGCCGCUGACUAAUCAGAGUGCGUCUGAGAACAGCUCUGAGCCAAUCAGCAGCAGCAGCACAUCCACCUCGGCGUGUGAAAACAUGAUCAUAUCCUUACCACGCACACACUGCCCAGACACGCACUGUGGCACGCUCUCCACAGACGUAGCACGCAAGCGCCUGUACCGCAUCGGACUCAACCUGUUCAACAUAAACCCAGACAAAGGCAUCCAGUUCCUGAUCUCACGAGGUUUCAUCCCUGACACGGCCAUCGGCGUCGCUCACUUCCUGCUGCAGAGGAAGGGUUUAAGUCGGCAGAUGAUCGGAGAGUUUCUGGGCAACAGCAAGAGACAGUUCAACAGAGAUGUUCUUGACUGUGUGGUGGAUGAGAUGGAUUUCUCCAUGCUGGAGCUGGACGAGGCUCUCCGGAAGUUUCAGGCUCAUGUGCGCGUACAGGGAGAAGCUCAGAAGGUGGAGAGGCUCAUCGAAGCUUUCAGUCAGAGGUACUGUAUGUGUAACCCUGAUGUGGUGCAGCAGUUCCACAACCCCGACACCAUCUUCAUCCUGGCCUUCGCCAUCGUCCUGCUCAACACUGACAUGUACAGCCCUAACAUCAAACCCGAGCGCAAGAUGCUCCUCGAGGACUUUAUACGCAACCUCCGAGGGGUGGACGACGGUGCUGAUAUUCCACGGGAGAUGGUGUCUGGCAUAUACGAACGCAUCCAACAGCGCGAGCUUCGCUCCAACGAGGACCAUGUGACCUACGUCACCAGGGUGGAGCAGAGCAUUCAGGGAAUGAAGACAAUCCUGUCCAUGCCUCAUCGGAGGCUGGUGUGCUGCAGUCGUCUUUAUGAAGUCAGCGACGUGAACAAGCCACAAAAACAAGCAUCCCAUCAGAGAGAGGUGUUCCUGUUCAAUGACCUCAUUGUGAUCCUGAAGCUGUGUCCCAAGAAGAAGGGUGUAGCAACAUACGUGUUCUGUAAAGCUCUGGGUCUGCUGGGGAUGCAGUUCUACAUGUUUGAAAAUGAGUAUUACCCUCACGGUAUUACCAUCUUAUCUCCGUUCUCGUCGGAGAAGAAGCAGGUGGUGAAUUUCUGCUCGCAGAAUUUGGAGGAACUGCUGAAGUUUGUGGAGGAUCUGAGGGAGAGCAUCACCGAGGUGGCUGAGAUGGAACAGAUCCGUAUCGAAUGGGAAUUAGAGAGGCAGCAGGCGGUGAGAACACCUGCUCAGAACAAUGGCAGCCAACUGGAGAUGCAUUCAAGACCAAUAUCUCCUGCAGGAGACCAUGAUUUCUUUGACAAGACUGGAAGCAAUGCAGUGGAGGUGUCAAUUCACCACAGGCUCCGAACGUACCAGGUCAGCACUCCGCCGGCUCCGCCCACUUCUCAGCCUCAGCUGGCCAUCAUGCCUAGCCCAGGUCCCGUCUCUGCCCUAAACAUCUCCCCUGACACGCUUGUCCAGUGCCAGCAGAUCGACAAGGUGAUCGUCGUGGACUCGGCAGGCCGCGGACAUAUAGAGACAUUCCUAAGCCAAAACCCAGGACAGCGUUUAAUCCAGUCAGCUGUCUCCACUCCGACCCGCACGAGGGAAGGCGGAGCAAAGCAGCCGCCCCUUCCACCGCCACCGCCACCUUAUCACCACAAACACCAGUUCUGCCCUCCAACUCCGCCUCCUCCACAACACCUGCUCAGUCAGCGUAGGUAUUCAAGUGGGACACGCAGUCUAGUCUGAGCACACACACACACACACACACACUUAUAUUCAAGUGUUUCAGUUCCCAUUGUACCUUUUCUAUUCAAAUCCACAUAACCACAGACACGGUAAUAUAUUCUUUUUUUUUUCUGACAAAACACACACAAAUACACACCUUUUAUACUCCAACACCUGCUCAGUCCUGUAUAAAUAAUAUAUUUCACAUCUCACAGUCGGGGCUUCGUGUCCUCUAAAUGAGUAUUUUAGAUACAGAGUAGCUAGUUUUGUCAGAUCUUCUUUUCCCUGUAAUUUUAUCUCUUUAAGGGUUUAUAGAGCAAUUUCCACAGAGUUGCAACGUUAGCAUCAGACUUUCUUACGACCUGUAACGUACGGCGUUAUGACAUUAGCGGUGUUGCUGUUAGACCCAUGGUUCAGGACUGUAAAACAUGGCUUAGAUUAGAGUCACACAACAGGUGAACAUGUGCUCAUGAUCUAUAGUGUUUUAUUAAACAGGGUGUCCAUAGGAUCUUCAAUUACUCUUCAGCUUACUACUGAACAGCACUGAUAAAUAAUAAAUAACACUCUUCAUAUAGAUAAAUCUACAGUUUACUCCAUUUUUUCAUUCUAUCUGAAACUCAUUUUAAAAUCUACCCUGAAUAAAGAAUCAAGCUUAAAACUAAACGCUGAAUUAAAUAUCAUUGUUUUUUUUUAAUAUAUGUUUCUUUUUUUCAAAAGUGCAAACACAAACACUUCCUCUUGCUCAGUGCUAAAUACUAUUACUCUGAGCUGCAGAAUGAAUAAAAUUAAUAAAAUAACUCAUUUGUUUUUUUGUCAAAUUCCUACAGUGGCCGAGAAGUGCAAAACACAUUAACAAAUGCAAAAACAAAACAACAAAUCUGAAAACACAUUAACAAAUCAGAAUACACACUAACAAAUCAGAAUACACAUUAACAAAUCCGAAUACACAUUAACAAAUCAGAAUACACAUUAACAAAUCAGAAUACACAUUAACAAAUCAGAAUACACACUAACAAAUCCGAAUACACAUUAACAAAUCAGAAUACACAUUAACAAAUCCGAAUACACAUUAACAAAUCAGAAUACACAUUAACAAAUCAGAAUACACAUUAACAAAUCAGAAUACACACUAACAAAUCCGAAUACACAUUAACAAAUCAGAAUACACAUUAACAAAUCAGAAUACACAUUAACAAAUCAGAAUACACAUUAACAAAUCUGAAUACACAUUAACAAAUCCGAAUACACAUUAACAAAUCUGAAUACAAAUCCAAAUACACAUUAACAAAUCCGAAUACAAAUCCGAAUACACAUUAACAAAUCUGAAUACACAUCAACAAAUCCGAAUACACAUUAACAAAUCUGAAUACAAAUCCGAAUACACAUUAACAAAUCUGAAUACAAAUCCAAAUACACAUUAACAAAUCCGAAUACAAAUCCGAAUACACAUUAACAAAUCCGAAUACAAAUCCGAAUACACAUUAACAAAUCCGAAUACAAAUCCGAAUACACAUUAACAAAUCCGAAUACACAUUAACAAAUCCGAAUACACGUUAACAAAUCCGAAUACAAAUCCGAAUACACAUUAACAAAUCCGAAUACACAUUAACAAAUCCGAAUACACAUUAACAAAUCCGAAUACACAUUAACAAAUCCGAAUACAAAUCCAAAUACACAUUAACAAAUCCGAAUACAAAUCCGAAUACACAUUAACAAAUCCGAAUACAAAUCCGAAUACACAUUAACAAAUCCGAAUACAAAUCCGAAUACACAUUAACAAAUCCGAAUACACAUUAACAAAUCCGAAUACACAUUAACAAAUCCGAAUACAAAUCCGAAUACACAUUAACAAAUCCGAAUACACAUUAACAAAUCCGAAUACACAUUAACAAAUCCGAAUACACAUUAACAAAUCCGAAUACAAAUCCGAAUACACA